GGUCAAGGAUGGCGACAUCAAAGAUUCAUGCCGAUCGCAGCAAGAAGCUUCACCAGCUCAUUAAAAAGAAGAGCACGGUAAACCGCAACCGCAAGUCCCCACGCCUUUACAUGAAGGGUACGUUGGCCGGUUACACCCGUGGCCUUCAUGGGCAGGUCAAGAAGACGGCUUUGGUGCGCGUUGACAACGUCAACACUCGUAGCGACGCCGACUGGUAUGUUGGAAAGCGCGUGUGUUACGUGUACCACGGCUACAAGGUGAAGCGUUGUGUGCGUUGGAGCAAGGCCCCUGCACGGCGCAGCAACACACGCGCCCUCUGGGGACGUGUAACUCGUCCCCACGGUAACUCUGGUAUGGUGCGUGUGAAGUUCAAUGGCGCGUCGGUUCCCGCGUCCGCCAUUGGGCGCCGUAUUCGUGUGUACUUGUAUCCCAGUCGCAUUUAAUAUUGACCAUUGAAUUGAUGUUCUUUUAUAUUAUUUAGGCUUUGUUUGAAAGCCCGAUCUUACACGAUCAUAUAUAA